AUGACGCUGCUACAGAUUGCGUUGGCCGGUGCCAGACAGCCGCGAGAUGAAAUGCAGCCUGGGGGCUCGAGAAUCGCGGCCGACAAUACAGAAAGGUUAAUCAGGCCCUGGAAGCUCCCGCCUCGCAAGUCUUAUACUUUUGCCAACGCUCUCGUUGUUGACCCGGCUGCGGGGCGGAUCCGUGCCGAUGCCUGGGUCAAGAUCUCGGGCGGUCUGAUUGAACAUGUCCGAUAUGCGGACAAACCGCCGGCGCCCAUCGAUGAAGAUGAAGACAGCAUUGUGAUAGACUGCACAGGUUUGUACCUUUGCCCCGGCCUCAUCGACGCCCACGUCCACUUGGCAGCGGUGCCGGGCUCUCCGUCGCUCGACGGAAGCAUGGGCGAUGAUGCCGCCGUAAGCCACUUUCGUCAGCCAUUUGUGGCAUUACAGAGCCUGAGGCGGGGCUUCACCACUCUGCGCGACUGUGGAGGUGCGACGCUGGCUCUCAAGGAGGCUAUUGCCGACGAUGUGUUUCCAGGGCCCCGGCUGUUCAUUGCCAACCGUGCGCUGAGUCAGACGGGUGGGCACGGAGAUAGGAGGGGACCGCACGAUCACACGGGAUCGCUAUGCUGCGGCGGACAGCAGGCGGACGGGGGUCUCAGCGUCGUUGUCGACGGGGUGGACGAGUGUAUCCGCGCUGCACGUGAGCAGCUUCGGACGGGCGCCGACUUCAUCAAGAUCAUGGUAGGCGGCGGCGUCGCCUCGCCGAGCGACAAGCUCAGCAACACGCAGUUCACGUCAGCCGAGAUCGCGGCCAUUGUCGAGGUGGCCGAGUCGUACGGCACCUUUGUCACUGCUCAUGCCUACACACCGCGGGCCAUUCGUCACGCCGUCGCCAAUGGCGUCAAGGGCAUUGAGCACGGCAAUUUGAUUGAUGAGGAGACAGCGCGGCUCAUGGCGGAGCGUGGGGCCUGGUUGACGCCGACGCUGGUCACGUACGAGGCCAUGGCCAAGACGGAAAAGUACAAGGGCUUUUUACCGCCCGAGAACGCAGCAAAGAAUAAGGAAGUCUUGGAGAAGGGGCUCCGGAGCCUUGAGAUUGCCCAGGCUGCCGGUGUCAGGAUGUGCUAUGGCAGCGAUCUUUUGGGUCCCUUGACAGCAGAACAGAGUGGCGAGUUCGCCAUCCGUCAGAGGGCCCUAGAUAAUGCCGAUGUGCUCAGGGCCGCAACGGUGAACCCGGCUCAGAUGCUAGGUCAGGAGGCUUUCCUUGGCCAGAUCAAGGAAGGUUUCGCGGCGGACCUGGUCAUAUUGAAUCAUAACCCGCUGCAAAAUGUCAGCAUCCUUGGGAACCCUGAGAAGAGUCUGGUGUCUGUGAUUAAGGAUGGUAGAGUGUGGGACAGUCAUUGGAAGUCUCUGCCUGUGGACGUGUACCAGGCUUCUUCGGCUUGGAUUCGUUGA